ACGAGUAACGAGGCCGGCUUACGAUUACUGUGCAGCCGUAUGCAUAAAUAAAAUUUAAAUAUAAAUAAGAAAGUAGCUAAAAUAAAAUAUUUUGAUCAUUUUAUGUUUACACACACAAUAUUAAUACAAGAAAAUAUUAAUUGCACAUUUAAUAACUAUUUAUUUAUUAUAAAAAUGUUAGGGCUGGAGACCCCGUAACUUGAAGGUCUAGUUACGCCUAUGGGCGGAUCAGAUAUAAACGUUUUAAGACCGCGACUUACUAACGUUAUCCCCUAUGUGUAUGGUACAGGUACCUGGUAUAUGGUACAGGUAUGUACCAGGUAUUUGGUAAAUGUGUGUACCAAGUAUAUGGAACAUACAUGUACCAACUACCAGGUAUAUAGUACCAGAUUUAUUGUAUAGGUACUACCAGGUUAUGUAGUAGGUAUGUCGCAAACAGUUAUCAAUAUUGGCGCGAUUGGUCGCCCCGUAAUAAUUUUGUCGUCUCGGCCGGCGGCAAUAUGUAAUUUUAUUUACACCGCAUGACGCGUGAUCACCAUAAGUAUAAUCGUUUUCUCCGUUUUAUUCACUCUGUACUCUAGUGCUACGCUGAAAUAAAUUUUACAAAACGGUAGGUACAAUUUUGACUUUUGUUCGGUGUUAUUAAAUAGUUUUGUUUUUGGUGAAUAAUUGUUACCCACCAUUUCAUUUUAACCAAAACAUGCCAUCAAAUAGGUCGUGACACCAAAUACAGUGAAAACACUGUUCUUCGUCAUCGGUUUCCAAAAGAUAAAAACAGAUUUGACACUUAGGUGAAGAGAUCUGGAAAUAACAAGUUAAGUAUUAAAUAAGCCAACUGAAAUGGUUUUUAAAUAAUUUAUUAUGUGCGAUAAACAUUUUGAAGAAAGUUGUAAUAGUCCUGGAUUUAAAUAGUCGAUUACUAAUUCAGUACCAACACUGAAUUUACCUGGUAAAUAUAUUGUUUUAAUUAUAUGUAUGUUAUUUAAACUUACAAUAUUUUUUCAUUAAUGAAUUUUUUUUUUAUGUACGUUCUUUAUGGUUCUAUGGAUAUAAAUGUUAUGUCAGCUUAAAUGUACUUUAGUUAACCCUAAACUAUAGUUUAUAUAGAUCUAUGCAAAAAACAAUGCGUAAAUUUGUCUAGGUUUUCACAAGACCAUAUUACACCAUUACGGCGUAAACUAUAAAGCCAAUUGCAGAAUUAAAGUAAAUCAAAGUUGUUAUACAUUUUUGCAGGUCCUACAAUCACACUAGAUUUUCGAAAAUCACUUUCUUCGUACUGCUAAUACUAAAAAGAAAGUGCUGAGGUGUUUUUAAAAAUAUUUCUUAUAUAGAGUAGGUAUAAUAUAUCGUAUUUUUUAUUUAAACUUUAAAUACAUUUUCUGUGACACAAAAGUUAACUAUAUUAUACUCAAAGUUGAUAAAAAUAAUAUAAAUUAUUGUUUAGCUCACUAGCUCAAGGUUAGGUCUCUCAACACUUGUGGAUCGCAGACGAAUUAAGGUAUCUGACGAACCUCACAUUUCUAUCCAUUCUCAUGAACGGUAAAAUACUAAAAUCCACUCCCCCAAAACGCCAAGUCCUAACACCCGUUAAUUUCACUGUACCAUGUCGCUCUACCCACUGACAUGCUCUGUUUCAUACUUUCAUAUAACUAUAUCUUCAGCCAACUAUCUUAAUAAUUUUUCAAUCAUUCGAUUAAUGAAAAUUAAUCUGAAACCACGACCUCUCUGUUUCGAUCUAAUUUAAUAUUUGUUUACACCAUUUGUAAUUUAUCUGUUACGCUGAUUUUUUUUGGAUUUAUCGUAUGAUGUAUAAAAUAAAACAAAAAAUACUUGUUAUGUUUUCGAAGGUAAAAACAUGAACACCUUACCGGCUUCAUCCAGUAAAAGUGAUCCAAUCCAAGUUCAGUCAACCAAAGAAUGUGAAACAAUAGAAUAUAUUAGAAAUAACUCUGACUCUGACAGAAUACUGGAAGACUUACAAUCCCUACGCAUAAAUGAAGUUCUAUGUGAUAUUAGACUUGAAACAAAUGACGGGGCUAUAGUAGUAGGCCAUAAAAAUGUACUAAUGGCAGCUAGUCCAUAUUUUCGGGAAAUGUUUGCUAAUUUUGAUGAGAGAAAUAAAGAUGUCGUUAAAAUAAGUGAAUUUAAUUCCGAUGUCUUACGAUUAUUAGUAGAUUAUAUGUAUAGUGGCCAAAUUAUAAUCACAAAAGAAAAUUUAAAGGUUUUGUUACAUGCCGCAAAUAUCUUACAGUCAGAUUUUUUAAAUAUCGCAUGUGCUGAGUUCUUGAAAAAACAACUUGAUGCAUCAAAUUGUUUUCGUAUAAAAGCCUUUGCUCAUUCACAUAACUGUCCGAUAAUAUUAUCAAGUUCUGAAACAUACAUUAAAAAACACUAUUUAGACGUGGCUAAAAGUGAAGAUUUUCUAUCUUUAUCUUCUGAAGAUGUGGUUAAGAUUAUCUCCUGUAACGAUAUAGCUGUGCCGUUUGAAGAAAAAGUAUUUGAAUCUAUUAUUAAAUGGAUAAGACAUGAUUUGGAACAUAGAAAAGAUUUUUUGCCAGAAUUAAUGGAACAUAUACGUUUGCCGUUAUUAGCGUCAAUGCCUGAUAUAUUGAAUAACAUAGUUGAAGAACCUCUUCUGAAGAAUAACCCUAAAUGUAACAAUUAUAUAAUUGAAGCAUUACAUUUUAAUCCACAUGAAUCAGUCGAGCAUUUCACCACGCCACAAAAGAUAAGGUGUAAAUCUAGACUGUUUGGCGGUUCACAAAAAGUUAUUCUGAUUUUCUCGCGGUCUAAAACAUUGCCAAGGUGUUAUAUGGAAUGGUAUGACCCAGUAACCAAGGUACGGGAGGAUGCACCAGAGAUGAAUGAUUGUUUACUGUUGCCUGGAUUUGGCGUGAUACGAGAUAAAUAUGUAUAUUCGGUGGGAAGUAUGGAUAUUAUGAGUUCCGCAUCUGUGAGUAUGCUUGAUGUAUCUUCAAGAUCACCCUCUUGGGCUCCAAUGGUUAACAUGUCAGCUAUUCGAAGUGGAUUAGGAGUUGGUGUUAUGGACAAUUGUAUAUAUGCAGUCGGUGGCGAAAAUGGUACUAACAAUUUAAAUAGUGUAGAGGUAUUUGAUGUUAGUAUUCAAAAAUGGCGAAUGGUGUCGAGUAUGUCAACUACGAGAAGAAAUAUGGGCGUUGGUGUACUCAAUAACUGUUUAUACGCGGCUGGAGGUAUUAAUAGUGAAAUUUUGAAUUCUGUGGAAUGUUACGAUCCCACACUUGACACGUGGACAACAGUUUCAAAUAUGUCAGUACGUCGCGCUAAUUUUGGUGUAGGAGUCUUGGACAGUGCUAUAUACGCUAUUGGUGGUUAUAAUGAAUCGGAAUUUCUUAAAAGUGCUGAGAAGUAUUUACCAAGUGAUGGAGUUUGGUCAACCAUUGCUGAUAUGCAUGUGCGCCGAGAUGGGCCUGGAGUAGUCGCAUUGGACGGUUUAUUGUAUGUUUUUGGCGGAGACAUUGAUAAUUCUAUUGUCGAUACCGUAGAAAUUUACAACCCCAACACAAACACUUGGUCCAUUCAACCAUUUCCAUAUUUUCGGGCAAUGUUUAACAAUUUCGACGAAAGCAAUAAAGAUCUUGUCAAAAUUAGAGAAUUAGAUUCCGCCCUAUUACGAUUAUUAAUAGAUUAUAUUUACACUGGGAAAAUUAAAGUAUCGGAAGAAAAUGUACAGGGUCUGUUGCCAGCCGGAAAUAUCUUUCAAUUAGAUUUUGUAAAAGAUUCAUGUUCUGAUUACCUACAGAAGCAACUGGAUGCAACAAAUUGCCUUGGUAUCAAAGAAUUUGCUAAUCUACAUAACUGUAGGGAAUUGUUGUCGAGUUCUGAAAAAUACAUUAAAAGACACUAUUUAAAAGUAGUUAAGAGUGAAGAUUUUCUAUCUAUGUCUGUUGAUGAUUUGGCGAAGUUAAUCGCCUGUAAUGACCUUUUUGCGUUCGAAGGAAAUAUAUAUGAAUCUGUUAUAAAAUGGAUAAGACAUGAUUUGGAACGGAGAAAAGAUUUUUUGCCAAGGUUGAUGGAACAUAUAUGCUUGCCAUCAUUACCGUCCUUGCCUGAUAUAUUAAAUAGCUUAGUUGAAGAACCUCUCCCGAAUACUAGUCCUGAAUGUGACGAUGAUUAUGUAUUUGAUGAUUUCAGUUCUGAACCACGUAAAACAGUUGAGAAUUUCAACCUUCCGCGAACGAUGAAGAGUCAACCUCGACAGUUUGAUGGUCCACAAAAAGUUAUUCUAAUUUUCGCACGGUCUAAAACAUCGCCAAAGUGUUCUACAGAAUGGUAUGACCCAAUAACCCAGGUACGGAAGGAUGGACCAGAGAUGAAUGAUUGUCGUAUGACAGCUGGUAUUGGCGUAAUAAGUGAUCAAUUUGUGUUUGUUACGGGCGGGGUAAAUAAAUCAAGUUCAAAAUCUGUUAGUAUGCUCGAUGCAUCUUCACAAUCCUCCACUUGGGCUCCAAUAGUCGAUAUGUUAGUUAGUCGAAAUAGAUUAGGAGUCGGUGUAUUGGAUAAUUGUAUAUAUGCAGUUGGUGGACAUGACGGCACUAGUGCUUUAAAUAGUGUCGAGGUAUUUGAUAUCAGUAUUCAACAAUGGGAAAUGGUGUCGAGUAUGUCAACUGCGAGAACAAAUACAUGUGUUGGUGUGUUCAAUAAUCGUUUAUAUGCGGUAGGAGGUCAUGAUGGUGUAUCAUAUUUGAAAUCCGUCGAAUGCUAUGACCCCAGUAUUGAUAAUUGGACACCAGUUUCAGACAUGUCUGCACCACGUGAUGGAGUUGGUGUAGGAGUCAUAGACGGUGUUAUUUAUGUUGUCGGUGGUUAUGACGGAACAGAGUUUCUUAAGAGAGCUGAAAUCUAUCGACCAAGUGAUGGAGUUUGGUCCACCAUUAAGAAUAUGCAUAUGGCCCGAAAUAGGCCAGGAGUAGUCGCAUUCGGUGGAUUACUGUACGUUUUUGGAGGAGAAAUUGAAAAAUCUAUUGUUGACAUUGUAGAAGUUUACAGCCCCGACACCAACACUUGGUCCUUGGAAAUAUUUUCAAGAGAUUGUUCCGGAAUAUUUUUUAAUGCAAUAGCCGUUGAUAAACCAUCAGAUUUUAUAACUAAUUAGCAAGGCUGGGCAAAUUAAUGAUUUUUUUUAACUCAGUUAAGUUAAAUUAAUAUGCACCAAUAACAAAAAGUUAAAAGUUGAAAGUUAAUUUAACUAUAGAAUAACUCAGUUAAGUUAAAACUUAAUACACACUUUUUGUUAACUUUUUAUUAAGUUAAAGAAAAGUUAAUUUGUUUAUAAAACGCUAGCGUACUUAAUUUUUUCCAACCCAAAACUAAAUUAUAGGAUAUAGUAUUUAUACUUCAUACAGUAUUUCCAUAUAAGUUAGAUUCGAUUGAUUUUAAUUUUUAACUUUGAACAAUUUACGAUACAUUUUUUUUUGACAUAAAAACGAAAUAGACUGAAAUAGUGAAAUAUAAUAAAAUUCAAAACAAAAUAAAUUAACUUAACUUACUUCUUAAAAUGAAAAAUUAACUCGUUAAUUAGGAAAGAAAUUUAGGAAGUUAACAGUUAAGUUAAUGAAAAGCCAAAAGUAACUAGUUAAGUUAAAAAAUUUAAAUAAAAUUAACUUUUUAACUCAACUUUAAUUUUUUAACUCAUUAAUGCCCAGCCUUGCUAAUUAGCAUGAAGGUUGGUGUCUAUGUUGGUCGUUAUAUUAUGCAUACAAAUAUAAAAUUAUAUAUCAAUUAAUAUGAACCCUGUUCCUGUACCUAUUGUUGUUCUUUUCAUUUUUGUGAAAGUCAAUGUUCAAUGUAAAGAUUUUUGUAUAACUUAUAUAUUGUUAAAUUUAAUUAAUAAACUAUAGUACAAUUAAUUUAUUCGA